UCUGUGUAAUUUAAGGUUAUUAUUUAUUACAAUUAUAAUUAAUUUAUAAUUUCAGUCAUUCAAACAAUUAUCUGAAUUAUCAUAAAACAUGAUUAUACGAGAUCGUUAAUUUGUAAUAUCAUAAAUUGGAACAUUUAUUAUAAUUAACAUUAAUUGUAAUUGCAUUAUCAUACCUCAAUUAUCAUGAUACAUUAACAUUAAACAAGUCUAAUCUAAAAAUUAGAAAAAAAUUAGCCUAUAUUAUAGAUAUUUAAAAAAGCGAUACAGUGUUCAGUCACAGUCUCGAGAUCAGUUUCAGUUACAGUGUGUAAGUGUUUCCAGUCACCAUCAUUGCGAGACUCCAGACAAAUUUUUAUUUUCUAAAUACAGUUUUUUUUAAAGUCAGUGUUCUUUUAAAUUAUAUAUAGUUUUGUAUUUAUACAUAUACAUUAUACAUAUCAUCAACUCUCAGAACAAACGCUACAUCAUUUGUAUUACAACCAGUCAACACUCAACAUGAAUAUCAAAAAAGUUCUAUUUGUUAUUAUUACAACCAUACAUUUCACUUUUGGAUUCAUUGCUUACGAUUGCGGAGGUCCUAACCUAAAUAUAACUUCCUUUGACAGUCUAGAAGUAGACAACUGUGAUCUUCCAAUACCUUCGAAAACAGAACGGGUAACAAGAAUACAACUAUUGCAAAGGGUUGAAACAUAUCCAGUUAAUUUCAAAUCAUGCCUGAUCACUGUUGAUUAUUUAAUAACAAGGUGUUCGGCGUUUGAAGACGCACAAGUUGUAGAGGGAGGGUAUUUUUCCGACAUAAUAGAGUUAGGUAGUGCUAGAUGUUCAGAGACUCACCAGAAACAAUCUUUCACUUUUCAAACGGGAGGAGUAGUGACAGAUUUAAAAAUAAACGAAACGAUAUUUGUAACAAAUAUCAUUGCCGGAACAUUAGACAAGUAUGGUAAUUGUAAAGGCACAACUUUUAAAUCAAGCAGAGGAGAGUGGGAAGAUGUGGUCGUACAAGCUAAAUUUAAAAUAUUGCUUUCAGAAGGUACGGCUAUAGCAAAUAGUAAAGAUAAUAUCCUCAUACUUCCAACAGGAACCAAAAUGAAAUUAUCUGAAAAUUAUGGUUUUGAUUCUUUUAAAGGAGAGACUAUAUGGACAAACAACCAUUUCACUUGUGAAGUACAAGAUUUCAAUGUUUUAUAUGAUGGUCCUGCAUCGUUAAUAAUUUCAAAUGCCAUUAAUGAUUUUUCAAAUAAUAUAUAUACCUAUAUUGUGGAAACGGAUAAAAUAGUAUUUUCCCUAAAACAAAUUAAAAAAAGUUUUGCAUGCGGGAUGCCAGUGAUUCAAACUGAACACAUACAGUUAGUCAUACUUGUAGAUACCGCAUUUUUCAAUCGAUUUACGACAACAACAAUUUCUCCGCAAAACACUGAUUUGUUAGCCUACGUUAAUACAAAAUUUGUUUAUGUUGAAAACUUCUUUAAAUCUACGAUAACAUCAUUGUAUAAUGACAUAAUUAAAAACAGUGUGAUCUCGAACGAAAAAUAUUACAACAAAAGCUUACACUAGCCUCUUCGAGCAUUUCCGACUUUUCGUAUCUUAUGGGCGAAGGACCAGGUUUUACUGCAGUGAAAACAGGCGAAAUAAUAUAUUUAAUAAAAUGUAAAAAGGUAAAUGUUGAAAUAUCGAGAAAAAAUGUAUGUUUUAAUGAACUACCAGUUUUAUAUAACAACAAAACGUUUUUCAUGGCCCCCAAAACGCACAUAUUGCAACAAUUUGGAACUCAAAUUGAUUGUAAUAUACUACUUCCACCUGGCUUCAAUUUGGACGGAGACUGGUUUGGUAUUGUACCCAAUAUACAAGAAAUAAAAAAACCACAAAAGCUCAAACCGGCUACAACCUGGACGUGGUCGUACAAAAGUCCAGAAUCGCUUAUGAAUGCUGGUAUAUACACACAAGACACAAUGAAAGCUUUUCAGCAACAUAUAUUGUUUCCACAAGAAGUGAGUGCUGCUACAAAUAAUUUAAUAAGACAAUCUAUGGGAUAUGAUACGACUAACCAAGGUCUGCAAUAUAAAUAUCUUAUUGACGAACAGACAAUAAGCAACAUGGUCGAAAAUAAAUUACAUCAACUUUGGGGAUGGUUUACAACUAUUGGUACUUUUGUUUCGGGACUGAUGGGGAUAUUUUUUAUUGUAAAAUUAAUAUUAACACUAGUGGAUACGGGGAUUAAUAUUACUAUUUUAUACAAAACCUUUGGGUGGAGUGCAAAACUGUUGGCAGGAAUUUUUUCUAGUAUUACCCAUUAUUUAAUGUUAAAGACACACAAAAAAAAUCAAAAUUUUGAUCAAGACUCGCUAGACACAAAACAUGUUCGCUAUUCAAUUAAAAAUAGCAAAAAAGUGUACCCGAGCUUGAGUCAAGAUUCUGUUUAAACACUUUAAAGCCAUACAGAAAUAAUGUAUUUAAUUUAAUUUAUUAUUUAUUUAGUAUUAAA